GGCGCUAGCUCUGCAUCCACAGUUUUGUUUAGCAAGUAUUGCGAGGAUACCGAGAGCCUAAACCUUCACUCAACAAGUCACUUAAGAAGUUCUCUUUGGAAUUAACAAAGCCUCAAGAUGAUUUUCGACAAACUGAAAAAGUUUCAUAUCGUCUUCGACUCUCCAGAAAUAGACUCCACUCCUGUCUUCAGUAGUGGGGAUGUGGUUUCUGGAAAAGUUGUUUUGGAUCUGGCAGGAGAAAGCAAAGUGGAGUCUUUGAAAUUGCACGCCGAAGGUUUUGCGAAAGUGCAUUGGACCGAGUCGCGUUCUGCUGGGUCCAGUACUGCUUACACUCAAAAUUACAGCGAUGAAGUGGAGUAUCUGAAUAGAAGAGAAGUGCUUCUGCAAGCAGAUAAUGGAGAGCUAACCCUCCUCUCUGCUGGAAGGCAUGAAUUUCCUUUCAGUUUUCAGCUGCCUGAAGAGACACUGGUGACAUCAUUUGAGGGCAAGCACGGAAGCAUUCGUUACUGGGUGAAAGUAAAGCUGCACAGGCCCUGGUCCACAGUCAAGAAGAUCAAGAAGGAGUUUACAGUCAUUGAACCCAUUGACAUCAACACCCCAGCCUUACUGGCACCUCAGGCUGGCACAAAAGACAAGAUGGCACGAGUUUGGUACCGUAACUUUGGACAAGUCUCCAUAACUGCUAAAAUUGACCGCAAAGGCUACACACCAGGUGAGGUGAUUCCAGUCUUUGCCGAGUUCGACAACGCCACAUCACGCUCUGUGGUGCCCAAGGCCUACAUCACCCAGACGCAGACGUUCAUCGCACGCGGCACCAUGAAGCAGAAGCGGGCAGUGGUGGCAACCUUAUCUGGCGACCUGGUCGGAGCUCGCCGCAGAGAGACCUGGCACGGCCGCGCCAUCAAGAUCCCGCCUGUUGGGCCCUCCAUCCUUCAGUGCCGCAUCAUCAAAGUGGAAUACAUGCUGAGGGUGUGUGUGGACGUCCCCGGGACCUCCAAACUAUCCCUGGAGUUGCCCCUGGUCAUGGGCACCAUACCCCUCCACCCCUUCGGCAGUCGUACCUCCAGUGUCAGCAGCCAGUACAGCGUUAACCUGGAGUGGCUUCGCAUGGCCAUCCCCGAGCAGCCUGAGCCUCCUCCCGACUAUAGUUCUGUGGUGACUGAUGAGGAGGCCGGGCUACAGAACUCAACAGCACCCCGCCCUGAGGAGGACUUUAGUGGGAUCCUGGAGCGCCCCCUCACGGCCUUCAUCCAAGAGUUUCGCUUCCGGCCGCCUCCUAUGUACAGCGAGGUUGACCCAAAUCCUCAACCAAUCAACAUGAGACCUCGUUGCAUGACGUGUUGAACCAUCAGCCCCGCCGGAAGGUCAAGCGACGACCCGAUUUUGAAAAGUUAAAACAAAGCAAGAGAUCUUUCUUCUCCUGGAUUACUCUCUCCGAAACUGGUCCUCGGGUCCCAAGACGUCUCCCGGUGUGGAGAGGGACAUGAGUGCCACCGAGAGGUCGGAAGAGGCCAAGGAGCCAACAGGACCUGAGGUGUUGUAGAGAAGUUCCUUAGUAAGCAAAGAAAGACAUGUUAUCAAGUUGUCUUUAGCAAAAAGGAAAUGACUUCUCGCCCUGGUUCCUGUCCUCCUAAGUGAUUAUAGCUCUGCACAAGCUCAGAGCUGCAAUUCCCUCCAAACAAUGAUUCCCAAGCAAGAAAUGUUGGUGUUUAAGUUGGGUAAAACUUGGAGGAAUAGAUCACUUGAUGUUUGUUAAGGGAGAGUUGCAGUUACAGAUGAAAUCCUAAACCUUCAAGAUAUUGUGAUUUUUUCCCCCCCCAGAACUCAUUUAUGAAAUGAGUUAAUUAUACACUGGUAUGGUGAAAGGAUAUCAUGAUCUGUAAUGCACAACUCCCAGCCUGGUAACAUUUUAAGAUGUCAAAUCUACAUUAUCAAUGUAUUGUGACUCAACUAGCAUGGUGUUUCCAUGACUAUUUCUAAUGUUGUGACUAAAUGUCAAAUGAACAAUAAGUACAUAUCUGAGAUUAAUGGAGAAAAGUUGAGUCUGCAGGUGUAGAUUUGUAGACAAUGUACGCGGGUAACAAAUAUGCAAAAGGUAAAUCAAAACCUUUUAGGAUAUGCAUACAAACCAGAAUCAUUGCAUACAACUUUCUGAGCAGGAGCUGUGGUAUCUUAAAAGAUGUGUGCUUUGAUGCUUAACUGUUACCUAAGAAACAGACUGAAUUCUUAGCAUGUUGAUGAAGUUCAGAGAGGUCGGUACUGCGUCAAUCUUCAGCACAAAAAGAGUUGUACUUAGAAUUCUCAAUAGCCAUUCUUAAGAUGUUGGUUGUUCUGAACCUUGAUAACAGUGAUGGAAGUUUUCAGAAGCUGCAGAUUGCUCAGAUGAUGAGCUUAAAAGCUGCUAAGGGGAGGAAAGUCAGACUCAUGGUUUGGUGAAUUGGAUUGAACCCAGAUGUCUGUGCCUUGAUGUUUGAGAGCAGUAUGUUAACCUCAACAGAACAUGUACUGUGAUACAGUCAGCCUUAAAUUGGAGAUGCCACUUUGAACUGUACAGGUGAACAUUCCAAAAAUGACUUGAGGAUCUUGCCUCGUUUCCAAAAAAGUGAGCAAAAUGGCAACUUCAGGUCAGCAAAGCAACACUGUUGUGGAAGGUACACAACUGAAGCUGAAUGUAAUUUAUACAAAUGCCAUUGUUAGUUUUUGUAUUUCUUUUUUCAAAUAAACAAAUAUAAAAUUAA